AUGCAGUUGAAAACGCUGGCAGUUGUGGUGGCUUCGUUGACACUGGCGCAGGCUCGCCCUGGUGGCGUGCUCUAUGGGCGUCAGUUCGGGAAUGACACCACAACUACUACUACAACUACCACGGACUUGAGUGCCCCGGAGUCAGGAACAACAACGACGUCGACGACCCUGCCCGUUCUGGCCGUGGCUACCAGCAGCACCACUUCCGUUGACCCAACCACCAGCACCACCCCAAGUGCCGCUGACCCAACCACUACCACUACCUCUACCAGCGCCACAACGACUACCACCACGACUACUACCAGCAGCAGCACCACUACCACUACCAGUGCUGCUACAACCACAUCGAUCAGCAUCCCUGUUGAGGUUGUGUCCAACAACAGCUCCACCACUGCUGCUACUACUACUGCUACCACCACUGAUCCUUCCAGUCUGCCUGUCAACGCUAUCUCAACGACCAGUUCGACGACGAACGCAACUUCAAACAGCGAUUGGGCAGACUGGACCAGAACAGCAAGCAGUAGUACGUCGAGUGCUGCAAGCGGCACUACUACAUCGACCUCGGCCACAACCACGUCCAGCGAGAACAAAGUGGCAGAUGCAACGAGAUCGUCGACCACAAGCUCGAGCAACAUAACUAGUGAAACAGGGGUUAAAAAUGCAGCAACCUCCACCACCAGCACGACCAGUGCCGCUUCGGCUGGAUCGACAAGCACCACGUCGACCUCUGUCAAACCUGUGGUUAACGUAGGCCAAAGUACAACUACUGCCGAAGCAAGCCUGUCUGGGCCGGAAACACUCACGACAUUCGUCACAGCUAGCGAAACCCCUGUGGUCAGCACGACCGUGGAGGAAUCUACCAUGACCUUGACGAUGGGGGCUGGCAACUCGGCGUCAGUGGUGACCACGACCAUUCGCAUGACCAAGACAUUCACCAUGACGAGCACGGUAUAUGCCACCAUCACCCGAGCAUCAGGUCAACCCGGGGGCGCAGGAGGCUUCACCAACGUGGCUGCUGCCGAGAGCGGUGAGCGCACAAUGACGCUGACGGUGGAAACUACCCCUACCUCGACUGUUAAUGUUCAAGCGGUGUCGUCUGGCAAGGCUGGAGCUGGCACCGGUUCUGGAUCAGGCUCAGGCUCAGGCUCAGGCUCAGGCUCAGGCUCAGGCUCGGGCUCUAGCUCUGGUUCCGGCUCAGGCUCAGGCUCAGGCUCGGGCUCUAGCUCUGGUUCCGGCUCCGGCUCUGGUUCUGGAUCUGGAUCGGGCUCUGGUUCUGGCAGUGCAUGUGGUGUUGAAUAUGUUACUGUCACUCAACUGGUACAGAGCACCAUUACCGUCACGGCUACUCCAAGCGAAGUCAAGUCUACCAAGCCUACAGCACCAGUGGCAGUUGCUGAUGUUACGACAACCACGGUAGCUACAAGCACGUCAGCGAGCGCCUCAAGCAUUCACACUGGUUAUGGCUUUGGUAACGGAACGGGCGUUGACACCGGGAAGAAUCAGAUCGCCAGUUCCGGGUUCCUGACUGUGUCCAGCAAGGCUACCCCAUCAGGAUGGAAACCAUGA